CAAGACUUUAAAGAAAUAGUUUCAGCGAUUCUGUUCAUACAAACAUUGGUCUCAUUAAGUGUUGAGACAUAUACCACACUUCCGGUAUACGGAAAUAGACAAGUGGGUAACUGAGGCAACGAUUUUAACAUUGAUAAAAGAAGAUGAAGCCGUUGAUUCUGAUGAGUGUUGUUGUCGCGGGUCUCCUGCAUCUUGUGGCGUCUGAUGAGGUCUACACCCAACCUGACGGUACCAGACUGGCCAACCCCAACGACGGGUACGCCGCUGAGGAACCCGACGCCGACCCUGCUACAGCUGACAGCAAGGUGUUCGACAGCUACAAGGACCAGCUACUUGAGGACUACGUGGGGCUGGAGGUGAAGAUUGGAGAUAUUUCAAGACGGUCAUGUGUGACAGGUGUGGAGAAGAUAGAGAUCUGCUCUCUCAGCCUAGAUGGGCUGUCCUUCCUGCUGUGUCUCUGCUCGGCUCUGGGCAGUUACGGCUCCUACGGGAACUACCUGAGCCGCAGGGUGUACUUCCCCGUGGAGAGGCUCUACGGUCUGCCCGUCGUCACAGUGGGCAUCAAGGGCCUGGGGCAGAUGCUGCUGGGGUCAGUUCAGGUGGAGGCCAUCAAUGUGACGUCAUACGGCUUCUCCAUCGCCGUGAGCGGGGGCUACCCCCUCUCCCCCUACUCCGUUACGGUCCAGUGGAUCGCCUGCAGUGCCAGCAAUCCGCUUGACUACUCCGUGAGAAAUUUGGUUCUGCAUUCGUCAGCUGAAGGCUACUCAGAGAAACCGAAGGAAGAAACCAGAUACAUCCCGCCAACCAGCUACGACAAGCCCAGCCAACCCUACGAGGAUAAAAACUACUACCAGUACAACCCUGACGCCACGCCCAAAGCUGCUGUUUAUAAUCCGGCUCCAGGCUACGUGGCAGCUCCUCCAAGCUACGCCCCCACCCAAUAUCCUAGCCCUGCUCCAAGCCCAUAUCCCAGCUACACUGCUCCCAAGCCCCCAGCUAGCUACGCCACAGCCCAGUAUCCUAGCCCUGCUCCAAGCCCAUAUCCCAGCUACACUGCUCCCAAGCCCCCAGCUAGCUACGCCCCUGCGCAAUAUCCUAGCCCUGCUCCAAGCCCAUAUCCCAGCUAUACUGCUCCAAAGCCUCCAGCUAGCUACGCCCCUGCCCAAUAUCCUAGCCCUGCACCAAGCCCAUAUCCCAGCUAUACUGCUCCAAAGCCUCCAACUAGUUACGCCCCUGCCCAGUAUCCUAGCCCUGCACCAAGCCCAUAUCCCAGCUAUACUGCUCCAAAGCCCCCAGCUAGCUACGCCCCUGCCCAGUAUCCUAGCCCUGUACCAAGCCCAUAUCCCAGCUAUACUGCUCCAAAGCCUCCAGCUAGCUACGCCCCUGCCCAGUAUCCUAGCCCUGCUCCAAGCCCAUAUCCCAGCUAUACUGCUCCAAAGCCCCCUGCUAGCUACGCCCCAGCCCAAUAUCCUAGCCCUGCUCCAAGUCCAUAUCCCAGCUAUACUGCUCCAAAGCCUCCAGCUAGCUACGCCCCUGCCCAAUAUCCUAGCCCUGCUCCAAGCCCAUUUCCCAGCUACACUGCUCCAAAGCCUCCAGCUAGCUACGCCCCUGCCCAGUAUCCUAGCCCUGCACCAAGCCCAUAUCCCAGCUAUACUGCUCCAAAGCCUCCAGCUAGCUACGCCCCUGCCCAAUAUCCUAGCCCUGCUCCAAGCCCAUAUCCCAGCUAUACUGCUCCAAAGCCCCCUGCUAGCUACGCCCCAGCCCAAUAUCCUAGCCCUGCUCCAAGUCCAUAUCCCAGCUAUACUGCUCCCAAGCCCCCAGCUAGCUACGCCCCUGCCCAGUAUCCUAGCCCUGCUCCAAGCCCAUAUCCCAGCUAUACAGCCCCUAAGCCCCCAGCCAGCUAUAGUCAACCUUUCCCUAGCUACACCUACCCACCUAGCUACAACCCCCUUUCCUCCCCUACCAUUCACGCCUAGUAAUCCCCACAUUUUUUUUCUAAAA